CAGGGUGAGGAACACACGCAGGAAGCCCGCCCUUAACCCUGAACUUUGAAGAGUUUCAUUUUUUCUCCUCAAGACUCCAUGCAGCCCAGCAGAGAGAGAACUGAACUGCUCUGGAUGAUGAAGCUCAGGCUCUCCCAUACUCUCUUAUUGCUACUUCCUGGGAAAGUCCAGGCAGCAAUUCCAGGGAAUAGCAGAAGAAAACAUGAGGAUGUCACAGUAAGUAUCCUCAUCUGCCUGUUGCUUGUGCUGCUGCUGCUGCUGUUUAUGGCAUGGCACUGGCUGAACAGCGCAACAGAAGGACGAUACCAUCCUCGGCACCUGAUGAGAAUCCUGGUUCUUCAGUGGCAACAGUUCUGGAGGGAGACCCCUUCCGAGGACCUGGCCCAGGACUACCAAGAUGAGAAACAGAGUGAUGGAGAACUUCGGGAAGAGCAGCAACAGUGGAUGGAGGAUGGAGAAGGAGAAGAGGAGGAGAUGAUGGAGGAGGAGGAGCAGCAGCAGCUCCUUCAGGAUCAAGAAGAGACGCUGACUGAGGGUGCCGAUCCUGAGGAGGCAGCAGCGCAGACGGCCUUAGAAGAAGGCGAAGCAUCAAAGGCAGCCGAGGGCAGCGCCGAAGUCCUCUUGAGUCAUCUGCAUUCAUUCUCUGGAACAGCGGCCUGGGAAGACAGUGGCAAGCCGCUGAAUGUCACAGCUCUCUAGAAACCGCAGGGAGGAGGGAAGGAGGGCCUUGUCACAGAGACAGCUCUUAGUUCUUGGUACCAGGCCCAUCUGACAGACUCCACAGAUGGGAGUCCCUCUGCUUUGCCUGCUGCCCCCACUGGGGAGCAGCACUGUUUGUAUAGCUGCCUUUGCUUCUUCUAGCCUGUUCCAAAAAGCUUGACGACAAACAAAAAAGGCACAUUUCCUGUAACAAUAAAACAGAGAGCCAGUGGCUGUAUCUCAAUAGCCAUUUUUGCUGUUGGGCUGGCAAAAAAAAAAAAAACUAGCUCUUUUGCUUAGUAUUUCUCUUUGCAGCAGUUCCUAUAACCUGUUAUUCUAUGCAGCACAACACCCAUUUUCUGAAUAUGAGCCAGGUAUGAAACUGUGCCAACUGCUGAGAUUCAUUUGUUGCCAAGGACACCAGGAUGCCAGAGAAGAUCGAAAGCAGCCCUGGGUGAGGAUUUAUCUUGCAACAACCACCAGUGAGGGAGAAGCAGUCAUUUUUGGCACAUAGAUGCACGCUGGAAAAAGAAGACAAGCAAGGAAGUUUCCUGGCACAAGAGAAAGCUCCAGCCAGAAGCAGCAGUCUGAUCCUUCCUUCCAACUUCUCAGAGUUGCUUCCUUUCCUUUACAGGUCCUAAACCUUCAACUAGAGCAGCCAUGAAGCCAGACCCCGUGCCUUUCCUCUGACUAACCUCUGCAAAGUUCCAAGAUGCAGUCAGACAAAUGUUCCUAGAAGGAUGAUAACCAGGCAGAACUCUGCUGCUCACAGCUUCACAUUAUUCCCUUCCUCCAAGAUUCACUGUAGAUUGAACUAAAAGCACCAUGGCUAAGUUAGUCCUGACAUCAAGGAAGCACCAACAUCAGGUGUCCUUUUCUCGCUGGGAGCAAAGGUGGCAUCUCCUAGGGCUUGAUGUCCCAUCUUGCCCACCGUUGAGCCCCACCCCAGUGUUCCACCUGAUGAUGCAUAUCCAGAGAUCUCUUUGCUGCUCCAGUUAUCGAGCCCGUCCUCGGCCUUUCUUCUUCUUGGUGCCUGAAGGUGUUUUGAUGGGCAAUGGAGCUGUGACUUCUGGUGCAGGCCCGAGUGGAGUUGCUGACAGCUCCAUUAACUCUACUGCUGUGCUUGGCUUGAAGGGCUCAAAGGGUGAGAACUUCAGUGGGCUACAAAAACAAGCACAAGUUAGGGUUAAGGCAACACAGGCAUUCAAAGCCUUGCUUGUGGCUCUAAUAUCAGGAGAGAAGAGCAAACAGUACCCUUGUAGGCAACAUUCCUUUGAAAAAGCAAGGACUCAGCAGGCACUGCAUCCUUCCUGCAGCCAGUCCCACGAGGAACAUGUCCCAAAGAUCUAGGCUUCCUCCCAACUUUCCGUCUCCAGAUUUACCUGACAGGUGUGAGGGGGCUGCUGUUGAGACGCCGUGGAGAUCGCAACUUGGGUUGGAAGGAAAAGCCUUCCUUGAUACUCUCCAACACUGAUGGAGCUACGUAGGUAAAUCCCUAUGGGAGGAACACCUGGUCAGUGCUGUUAUGAUCCUGGCCACAACUUCAUUUCGGGAUCUGGGUUCAGUUAUUGUCUGCAGUCUUUCCAUCAAUAAUGGGGAAUUUGUGGCCUUCACAAUAUUGCGAACAACAGUUCUCAGCAACUGUUGCUAAUGUGGCCAAUAACAGUUGCUGAGGGUUGUAGUUCAACAACUUCUGGAAGGCCCUAAGUUCCCCAUCUAACUUCUACGUCAAGUUAGAACCACCUGUUGGAGUCAGCCUAGGUUCCCUUCAUUUCAGCUCCAUCUGCAUGGAACUUAUGCUCUAAAAUGCUUUUUUUUAACCUGCCUGUUUGUUACAGAGGAGAGGAUCAUCUUUGAGAUUGCAGUUGGCACGGGCGAUUAAGGGGGUUAACUCUCCUACCAGCUGUGGUCUUAAGAAAGAUUUCCCCCAAGCAGCAGGCAAUUGCUAUGCAAGACUUUUUUUCAAAAAGUUGGGAGUCACCACUGAAUUUUUGCACUGGUCUUAUCCACAGCUGGCAUAGAUGACUAACCCCAAAGGUUAGUCAUAGGGAAUGGAGCCCCUUGGGUGAAGAAGGCUCUCUCCACUGCUUCACAGUAGUGUGUGAAAAUGAUUUUGCUACCACCUCUUCCUUCUCACUAUAGUUCCAGCUGGGUACCCCUUACCAGAAAGGCCUGAUUGGCACUCUCGCUGAGGGAGCCGUCAUCAGGACUAUCUACAGGUGUCUGGCGAGUGAAGCGGGUGUCAAACUGGCUGACAUCAUCUUCUGAUUGCUGUGGAUGGAAAAAGAUGUGCUGGAUAUCUCAUCAUACCAUCUUUUAGCCCUUUGGUUAUGGGUGAACUGGGAAUUCUACUCCACGUUAGCAACUCUCUACCCCAGCGUUUCACACCCUUGGCAACUUUAAGGUGUUUGGACUUCAACUUACAGAACUGAGCUGGCUGGGGAGUUCUGGGAGUUGAAGUCCACACAACUUAAAAGUUGCCAAGGGUGAGAAACAGUGAUCUACACAAAUGAAAGGAGUUCUUUUGCCAGAAAGUUUUGUGGAGAAGUAUGCACUGUUAGCACGUGAUGUCAAAGAGCCAUAUUGUUUAAUAACUAAGAUUAGGUAUCACACAGUUGGAAUUACCAAAGGGAAAUAAAUUAACACAGUGAGUGAAGAAUUAAACAGGUUUAAAGUGAAUGAGAAUCUGUGUUAUGGCUCAAAAACAGUCAAAGGAGCAUGUGAACUGUGCAGUGAUUGGUUAGUUUGGCUUUUGCUUUGCACGAUACAUAAAUACAGUCACUAAAGUUUAUUAGAGGGAGGCAACUCCAAUUGAACAGUCACUCAACUCCAUUUCUGCAACUCUGUCACUGCCCCAUCCCAAAACGAUACUUCAGAAAACUGUCAACAAACUGCCAACUUACAGCAAUGGAAUCCCAAUUUUCACCAAGAAAAUGGUGCAGCCGAAAAUUGUGACCUCACCACACUGCAGUACUGUCAUAACUCCGAACUUCCUCCAGAGAC